CGGGAGAGCGUGCACCAGCUCACCCUUCGCUCCUCCUCCGCUUCCGGUCUCUUUUUUCGCCAACCCCCCUCGUGCCCCUCCUUUUCGUGCAUACGAUCAAAAAACGCCCCCGCGCACGGAGUCACACCGGCCCGGAAAUGGCAUCCGUGUCCCUGCGAUCGGACAUCAUCGCAGCUGCGGCGGUCUUCCUGCGCGAUCCGCGCGUGGAACAGGCCGUUGCCGCAACACCCGGCAAGUCGCCAACCCACUUCCUCGCCAGUCGCGGGCUCUCGCCCCGGGAGAUCGGCGUGGCCUUGCGCCUGUCGAAGGCGGUGCCGGCCACGGCCGAUGCCAGCCUCCUUGCCGGCUGUCUGACCGCCGUGCAGGAGGCGGUUGCCUCCGCCGCUGCCCACAAUGCCCAGGGGUCGCCCCCGCGGACGGCCUUCGCCCGCCUCGGUCGUGCCCUGCGACUGGCCGCGGCUGUUGGCAUUCUACUGGCCGCGGUGGAGGCCGCCUCCAGGCACUUGCUCGAUCGGCCGCUGCUCCUGCCAAUCUGGUCGGCCCUGUGCGUCCGGCUGGGCAGUGCUCUCCGCCAAUCGCGCGCUCUCCUGGGCUGGCCGUGCGAGGAUCGCCCCUGUCCCCCGUCGCGCGAUGACCAUGCCCUCGAGGCGCCUGCUGCCGGAGGGGAAGAUGGGCCAUCGCCUGGCCGGGAGCACCAGCCCGGCGAGCUCCCCCCCUCGCAGGCGUCCCCAUCGACACCAGCCUCGGACCCGCACUCGACUGAGGCAAAUGGCCCGCCAGGUCGCUUUCCAAUCACCCCCCUACCGGGUCCUCUGGGGCUCGGCGGAUCGGGGGCAGCAGCCGCUGUUGCUCUUGGUCCGAGCGCCUUUUCCGGCGGCCUGCAGUUCCUGACGCAAGAUCCCCUGGCCAGUCGGUCAGGCGGCGACACCGCUGCAACUGGCACUGCUGCCUCUGCGGCCACUUCGCUGGCUGCCUCUGGCGGUGGCUCGCCCUUCCCCUACAUCCCCCGGGUUGCUGGUCCGACUCCGGUGUUUGCCCCGAGCUUGCGGUCAUCGCCGUCGCCGCCGCCGCCGCCGCCGCCGCCGCCGGCCCUUGACUCGCCCACCUCCCCGGGGCCCGUGGAGGACCCCUCCUUCUGUGCUGAGGAGGCUGCUGUAUUGGACGAUGGUGACGCACUUCCCGAGGGCUCCUCGCCCCUGCCAGAGGCAGCGCCGACGGCUAGUGAACUAAGUGCCUGA